ACUUUGUCCUGAUGCGGCAAGCCGAACACAGAAUGGGCCAAAACAAAACCGGAAGUUAGGCUCUCUCGAAAAUAAGACUUGCAAAACAUGGCUUCUUAAAUCUUAAAAACACAUCUUGCAAGACCAUUAUACCAGGUGGCUCUUAAGCAUUGCUUGUACCUGUCUGUCCGCGUUGGAGAAGAAAUAAAAUCUGUACAUUACCCAUAUUUAAUUAGUUUAUUUUAGUAGGCUACAUAGAUCCAUUCAAACAAACCGCAAAAAUCCCAUUUAUGAGAUAUUAGCUAAAUAAUAGUUUCCGUUAAGUAAUGCACUGUUUACUAUAAAUGUUUGUUCGAAAGCUACAUUGAUUAAACAACAUAUUUUGAAGGCAAUGACCGGAACUGUCGAGUUUCGCUGCCGCUAACUUGACCUGGUUGCUUGACUCGCUGCUGAGGACACAAUGCCUAUCCACGGGAAAGACGUUUCGGUGAGCUCGGUGUCUGUGAGCUGAAAACAGAAGCCGGAGCGUCGCUGGAGGACGCAGAUGUCGAGCAGACCGUGUCGGAGAUGAUAGCAGAAGUCCCCUCACGGACCAUGGGACUGACGGAGCUGCUGCUUGGACUGCUGUGGUUCCGUACUGCUCUGCUCUGUGCAGGCUGCAGUGAGCGAGUGGAGGUCCAUACAGAGCGGAGGGGUGUGAUCUACAGUCCUUCCUGGCCUUUAAACUACCCUCCUGGAGUCAACUGCAGCUGGCAUAUCCAGGGAGGCCAGGGGGAGGUCAUUACCAUCAGUUUCCGUAACUUUGACGUGGCAGAGUCAGGAAGCUGUUUGGGAGACUGGCUUCUGCUCACUCCUACGUAUAAAGGGGAAUCCAGGCUGUGUGGCUCCGUGCUGCCUCAGCCGAUCAUAUCCACCAGGGGGCGUGUUUGGCUCUAUUUCCACUCUCAGGCUAACGGCUCUGGUCAAGCCCAGGGCUUCCGCCUCUCUUACAUCAGAGGUCACCUGGGUCAAAGCAGUUGUCAGUCAGAUGAAUUCCUGUGUGGGAACGGGAAGUGUCUUCCUCGCUCCUGGAAGUGCAAUGGACAGGAUGAAUGCGGCGAUGCUACCGACGAACGCAGUUGCUCCCCUCCUCCCACUGAGGCUCAGCAUGGCCUCUGCCCGUUCGGCUCCCUCCCGUGCACAGAGGCCCAUUCCACUCGCUGUCUGCCUGCUGUGCUGCGCUGCAAUGGAGCUCGCGACUGUCCAGAUGGCACAGAUGAGCUGGGUUGCCCUGACACCACUUGUGGCAAACGUCUGGGGAAUUUCUAUGGCUCCUUUGCGUCCCCAGAUUUUUUUCGGGCCAACAGGAGCACUGUGGCAGAGCUGAGAUGUUCCUGGUUGCUGGACACCCAGGACCCCAAGCCUAUUGUGCUGCAGCUGGACCUGCGGCUGGGGCCUGGAGACUCGUUGCAUGUCUAUGAUGGCCUGCUGCAGCGGGCAGAGCACCUCUUACAAGUGUUGUCGUAUCAUAACAACAGGCGUCCAGCACUACUGGAGUCGAGUCGGGGUCAGAUGAAUGUUUUAUACAUGGCCCAGCCUCACAGCCCUGGACAUGGCUUCAACGCCACAUAUCAGGUCAAAGGUUACUGUUUUCCCGGCGAGCGUCCUUGUGGCAGUGAUCAGGGCUGCUACUCUGAACGCCAACGCUGCGAUGGCUACUGGCACUGCCCAUCAGGCCGCGAUGAGGAGGCCUGCCCGACGUGCCCAGAUGGGGAGUUUCCCUGCGAGGGUGGUACUGGAGUGUGCUACCCAGCCUCUGAACGUUGCAACAACCAGAAGAGGUGUCCAGAUGGAUCUGACGAGAAGAACUGCUAUGACUGCCAACCUGGAAACUUCCACUGUGGGACCAACCUAUGCAUCUUUGAAACAUGGCGGUGUGACGGCCAGGAGGACUGCUUGGACGGGAGCGACGAGAGGGACUGCCUGACAGCGGUGCCCAGGAAAGUGAUCACAGCUGCCCUCAUCGGCAGUCUGGUCUGCAGUCUCCUAUUAGUCAUUGCCCUCGGCUGUGCCCUCAAACUCCACUCCCUCAGGAGCAGAGAGUACAGAGCUUUUGAGACUCAGAUGACUCGCAUGGAGGCUGAGUUUGUUCAGAGAGAGGCUCCCCCCUCGUAUGGUCAGUUAAUCGCACAAGGUCUCAUCCCUCCUGUGGAGGAUUUUCCAGUAUACAACCCCACCCAGGCGUCCAUGUUACAGAACCUGCGGUUGGCGAUGCGCAGACAGAUCAGACGACACUCGACACGACGCACCAACUCCUCCUCUCGUCGGCGUCUUGGGCAUCUGUGGAGUCGUCUGUUCCACAUUGGAGGGCGAAAUAGAGGCCACGCCCCCCUGCUUGACCACCCUGGGCCCACACAGAUCACACUGGGGCUUCAUAGCUACCAAACUGUGGAUGUGCAGGGGCCCCAGGUAAGGGCCAGGUCUGGAGCUGGGCUUGAGGAUGAAGUUGAUGCAGUGGGUAUGCGGGUCUCCUGCUGCUCAGCCACAAUGGACCUGCAGGCCUGCUCGCCCGAGAGCCCUGCUUCACCUCUUUCCAUGCAGUCUGUAGACAGUCCAGAAGAGGAGGAGCUGUCACCUGUCAGCAUGGAAAGCAGCAGAGCUCCACAGCCUGAGCUCCUCACCCCUGUUCAAAGUGACUCUUCGGCACAUAGCAGCCCCCCUCCUCAGGAAACUUCUGUACCCCCAUGCCAUCCCCGGGCAUCUAGGAAACUGGUUCUGGAGCUCGCUGUUAACCUAAAAGGUGUUUCAUUGAGACGUUACUCUCCCCUGGGGCCCUUGUCCCCUAUCUCGCCCCCUGUGCUUCCCAACAGCUCCCAGAUAUCUGCAACCCACCCUCACUCACAGGGGCUGGAGAUGACUUCACCUUCACUUUCUGAGCCCUCAUCUUCUUCUGUGAAAGCAGAGGACAGCGAUAGCCACUUUACUGUGCAAGUGCCAUGCAGGGAAAUAAGAAGCAAGGAUGAGAGGAGGAGGGAGGGCAAGAGCAGACUCUGCAGAUUCAGCAGGACCUUCAGUGAUGAGGGAGGAGAUUCAGGGAGGGAGACAACACCAUGCUGAAGAGUUCGGGAAGAUGCUCUCCUUCCCUACACUCUGUUGAGACCUGGUGUCAGCAAUAUCUGCUCUGUUAAAGUGUCCUUGAAAUGUGUCCCAACCCAACUUGACCCACAACACUGAGGAGGUAAAGUGAAAUAAAAUUAGCUCAUGUCCACCUUGAAUGCAUAAAAAUGUGCAUAUGCAGUCUUUUCCUAAGAUUAAUGAAACCAGCGUUGAUAGUGCUUAUUGUCUGUGUCGAACAGUAAAUGUCUUUGUCAAACAGGGUCUUGCUGUUGACUCCUACAGUUAAAUGCAAAGAGACAUCCUGUUAAUUCAUCGUUAGCCCGUUCCAAACUCAAUUCUGGCUACCAGUACCAGUACAACAUUGGCAACAUAUUCCUACAAUGCCAAAGCAGCCUUUCUGUCCUUACCCGGAGCCGUUCUAUACCGCUAUACUGUGAACCAUAAAAGCCUAUUAAGUAAUCAUAUGAAUUUAUCUGAGUAAUGGUCCCCUACUCUGUCUUAUUUCCUCUUUAUUUUCUGAAGUGGUAUUACUAUCAUUAUUGUAUGACAUUUCUAAAAGGUCAUGGUUAGCUGUGGCAGUAAAGCAUAUAGCUGGCAACAUUUUAUGUUACUGUUAUUGUCAACAAAUCAUGUGAAAAGGCCAUAACCAAAACUUAUGCCAAUUCAUCUGUCAAUACUUCAGCUUCAAAAGCCUGCGUAUACUUAAUGUUUUCAAAAAUAAUUAUGCAAAACAGGAUACUGGAGUUUCCAGGCUUAAACAAUGCAUAGUGUUUUUUUGGAGAUUUAUUUUCAGGCACGGAUUAAUACACGCUUGCGGCAGUAGGACAGGAGGACUGAAUGAAAUUAAAAUACAGUGUUCAUGCUCAUGGUAAUGACACAGUGCAAUGGUAUGGCUCAUUGAUGUGUUUUAAUAGUUUUGGUUAACAAAGAAUAAACUAUAUUUAAAAAAAAAACGUAAUAGUAAUAUUAAUAUGUUGUGAGUUUUGGUCAUUUCAAGGCAUUUGUUGACAAACAGAAAAAUAUAAACUAUCACCGGACUUACCUUUUAAUUACAACUUUGAACCACAAACCUUUGACAUUUUCAGAAAUAUGCUUAUUAUCUUUCUUGUGGAGAGAUGAGAAAAUUGAUACCACUCGUAGAUCCAUCUGUAAAAUGUGAUGUUACACUGAGCAGCUAGCCUGGCUCUGUCUGAAGGUAGCUUAUGAACUUGGUAGGUGGACUUCUGUUACCCUCUGAGCUGGGCAGGCUGUUUCCCCCUGUUCUCAGUCUUUGUGCUAAGCUACAGUAACUGGCUGCUGCCUAAUUUGUAAACAAACUAUAAAAAAACAGGGAUGUAGCGUUUGUCACAUCAUCCAUAGUUUCUGAAGAGCUGUUUGUGAAUCCCACUGUAGUGACUGUAGUGGCCGUCGCCAUCUCAGCAGUGCCUGACUUUAACUAAUCCAAAAUAUGGGCAAAGUGGUGGAGCACAGACCUCUUCAAGUUAACUGCUCAGCAAGCCCUAUAAUCUGUCCAGCGUUUUCUUGAACAUUAUUUCAAAAGACUCCAUGACUACCAAAUUCAGGUUCUCCAGUUAGCUGAGGUGACACGUAGCAGACAGCCCGCGGCUAAUUGUCACUCAAAGCGACCACACUGUUAAUUAUGCGUGACUGCUUAAACAUUUCACCCCUCUAUAGUUGCCAAGAAAAGGGGAAUUAGUAUGAGAUUGUAAAUGUUUAUCCCUGCUGUAAAGUUGAAUAAUUUAUUAUGGUUGUCUAUGGGUAUAGACUCACUUUCGGAGCCUCAAGUGGCCAUUCAAGGAACUGCACUCUUGGCAUUUCCUUGUUCGUUUCAUUUUUUGUGCUCGCUUGUAACGAUAUGAGAUACCAAAGUAGUAUUAAUCAUCUGACUCUUAGCAAAAGGGCAAAUAAGCAUAUUCCCUGAAACUGUAAAACACUUGUGCAGCGUCACUGAAUCAUGCAACAGUUUAAUCAUGCCAAACCGUUUUAGUCAAUAUUUACUGUGCAUGACCAGUCCUCAGUUACAGUUACUUCAGUGACCGCUUUUAAGAAGCCAUUGGUUAUGUUUUGGAAGUUAUAUCGACUAGUUCAGUCCAGCUUUUUUGACUUGAUUAAUCAAAAACAAGCCAAACUUGGUUGAAGGUAGUACGUCCAAGUAUGUUGGCUGUAACUCAGCCACUCAUCCUCCUCAAGUCAAACUCAAACUGUUCUCUCAAGGAAGCCUUUCCCCACUUGAAUGAACAUGACUGUGUCUGUAUGCAUUCAGCGCAGUGAAGAUUAUAAGUAAAUGUUUAGGAAAUGUUGGGAAGGGGGGCGUUGUUUCAGAAUAUUGAUGGUUUGCUGAAUCCUUUUCAUUCCAGCAGUACUUCUGCAGUACUGCUGACUUGGUGGCUGGUCACUGAAGACAUGAACUGCUGGUUUAUUCCAUUGGAAAUUCAUAUCUAUGCUGUUGAAUUUUCUAUGACAGGAUGUUAAAACAAAGACUUCUAUUUUUCAACCUUCAACGUAGAACUGUACUAGUUCUGCUUUAUAUUCCUCUCUCUUCCUUGACGGACACUGACUUUGAUUGAACCUGGUCACCUAUGUCUCUGGUGUUUUUUUUAAAGUUUGUCUCUCUCACCGGUGACCCUUCACUUAUCACCGUUGGACUUGAAUGUAUUAAUUUUUGUUGGUGAGGUCACCAGUGAAUUUAGGGAGGGUAUGAUAAAAGCAUGAAGCCAAAAGCUGGUUGAUUUUUUUUUUUUUGCUGUAGUGAGCUGAAUGUGCCAUGCAACCCUUCUCAUAGGAGUUUUAAUUUUAACAGCUGCUACAUGUUAUGUGCCAUUAGAGAUAUUUCAAUAUACGCUCACAAGUAAUUCAUGUCGAAUGACGUUCUGAUUCCCUUUCCUUUCUUUGAGAUAUGGACGAAUACAUAUCAGUUUGCUUAUCUCUGCUUUGCAUGUUUUAUCUCCUUGUACCUUUUUAUUUAAGUUCAAAGUCCGUCAUCCUCAUUUGACUUAAAGUGAAAUAUAUAUUUACACAAUGUAUUUCCUUACUUGCUUUGUAAAGUACAGAAGUGUGUUCAGAAUGCCUUAAUGGUUUCUCCUUGCUCUUGUAAAUAUAGAUAGAUAGAUAAAUAUAAAGAGAUUAGUCUGUUUCUGGACACAACUGUAUGAUGUGAUGUGAUUGGUACAACUGACUGCAUUGGCGUUAUAGUGCACCACUGUGUGAGGAAUCUCUGGGAUUAUUAUGGCUGUGAGUUGGGGAAAAGGAAAUUAGUUUUUUAAAGCCUUACUUUAGCUUGUUUACCUGUUUUAUCUGUAAAAGUCUUGGUGACAUUUAUGGCGUUAAUGAUUUUCAGACUGCAGCCAACAAAUGAUAGAGAAUGUUGUGGCAACACAUUUCAAGUAGAUUUUUUUUGUUUGUAAACAGGAAAUUAUGUCACACUGAUGUGGUUAAGGUGAUCUUUUAUCAUCUGCUAUAGAUCAUCUGCUCAGAUAAAGGAUGGUCUGUCAGUGUUUUUUUGUUUUUUCAUUGCAUUUAUUCACUCUAAAGUAUCAAACCCUUUCCAGUUUGCUACAGUAACUGUACUUUUCAAUGGGCUAGCACACAGGUAAAUACACUGGAUCAAGGCCACUGGAAAGUAAAAUGCUACUGAACCAGAUUGUCUGAUAGUGGCAUCUCCUCUCCUAGCUGUUAGAUUCUGGAGUCUAUUCACCUUCAAAGGCUGAAGUCAACAGAUACUGCGUUUGUAUAAAAGCAUUUCUAUCAUUUUGAGAACUCUAUUUGUAUAUUUUGUGCUGAAAGAGAUUGUCAAGUGACAAUGUGGGGGUUUGCUGAUAUGAACCCUGUACAGACUUCUGUUUAUUAGUUAUUGUUUUCCUGUGCCUGCAAUUAAUAAACUUCAAACUGUAUCAAUUACAAUUUUUUUCAGCGAGCAAAA